CCAGGGAGGGUGGUUUGCUUUGGAGGAAGUUGGCAGUUCAGUCUUCAAAUACAAGUGACGCAGAAGCCCACGACGCCACCCCCCCAUCCUCCUCCUUCUUUCUGGGGAGCAGAGCACCGAGGAGCAGACACCCUGCCCACCGGCUCCCCUCAGGCCGGAGAAGCGCUCUGCCCAUGGGGCUCCGCUGGUCGCCGCUGAUGCUGCUCUGCCUGCUGGGGAUGCUGGGGUCCCUCAGGAGGUCAAUGGGCAUCGACUCCCCAAAUCAGAUCCACCUUGAGAUCAAUAUCAAUAACGCCACACGUCAUUUUUUCCUGAAAUGCCCAAAUAAGCAGAAUAUGGACGACCUCUACAAGUAUGGCUCUGACCUAGCAGAGGCACACAAGCAGAUGCUUUGCUCCUUUCAUGGACUUCCCAGAAAUACCUCCCACACAGACUUGAGUCUGGUCUGCAAAGAACCAGCUCCCAAAGCACCUCCGACCACCCAGCAGCCAGCCGUGACCUCGCCUGAGCCCACUGGCCCCUCAAGGCUCCUGCUGGUGGAGGGGAAGGAGAGGCUCCGCUGUGCCGGCGUGGUUGAGUUCUAUCAGGGGAGCACCGGGGGAAGCAUCUGCUACGACGCCAAAGCCUGGUCCCCGGCUCUGGGCAACCUGAUCUGCCAGAACCUGAACUGUGGCACCUUCCUGGACCAUCUGGACCCAUCAGCCCAGAGGCCAGACUUAAGGAAUCGGGAGGGACUGAAAGCCCUGCAGGUCCUCUGGGGGGUCAAGGAUCCUAACGGCACCUCCUUAGAGCAGAUCUUCAGGAAGGAGAAGAGCUGUAGGGGAAACCAAACCAUUUCCAUCAUCUGCUCUGACUUCCAGCCCAAGGUGAGAAGCCGCCUGAAGGGCGGGAGCCAUGCCUGCGCGGGCACCGUGGAGGUGAACUUCGAGGGCCAGUGGAGAGCUUUGUGCAGCACGCAGAAGAACUGGGAGGAGGUGUGCCACGAGCAGCACUGCGGGCGCCUCCUCACCCAGGAGGACGUCCCGCAGAAGUCCCUCAGCACGGGGCGCUCCAGCAUGCUCCACUGCAACCGCUACAACCUCUCCGAGUGCUACACCUUCGAGCCGGGAGACCCCCUGUGCAAAGGCAAAAGACUCGAAUGCCAUGACCCAAAUGCAGCUGGGCUGGGGGCAGGGACUGUGAUGAGCAUCAUCUUGGCCCUGAUCCUCCUGGCUGUCCUCCUAGUGGCCUGUGGGCCUGUGGCCUACAAGAAGCUGGAGAAGAAGUUCCAUCAGAAGAAGCAACGCCAAUGGAUCGGUCCAACAGGAGUGAACCAGAAUGUGUCCUUCCAUCGCAACCACACUGUGAACCUCCGGACCCAAGCCGAGAACCCGGGUGCUUCAAAUGUGGAGAAUGAAUACAGCCAGCCUCCCAGGCAUUCCCGUCUCUCGGCGUAUCCAGCUCUGGAAGGGGCCCUGAACAGGGCUUCCAACCCACCAGAUAACUCCUCUGACAGUGACUAUGACCUGCACGGGGCCCAGAGGCUGUGACAGCCAGAGUGUCUCCAGGCACGAGACGUUAUUCCUGAGAAUCUUCUGCACUCAUCACCUUGGCACCAUUUCCCGACUCUCCGUCCUGCUGUGAAGGGGCAGAACGAAGCGAGAUUGCCACUUCCGUGUCUCCCUGCCAUUCCCCGCCUGGCCUCUUCUUCACCCCAGACCCAAGCCAGGGAAAGCCUCCUCCCCUCCUCCCAGGCUUUGCCCUGUGCGAAAGGCAGGGCCCUCCCUGGCCCACUCACGCCAGCUUCCCCUCGGGGAAGGGUCGGGCCCUGCGAUGAAGCCCCUCCAGACGCGCGGGCCCGGCUUCCCCAGCAUCCUCCUGGGCCGCCUGGGCCGCCUGGGCAGGGCUGUGGGGAAGGGGCGGCCUUCCCUGCUCCCCUCCCCCACUCUCCAGCCCCCUGCUGAGGAACAGGGAGGGAUUCUCGGGGGGUCACUGGGAAAGAAGGUCUUUCAUGUUCUGUGUAAAUAAUGCUUUUUAUUACAACCUGAGAAGACCA